GAGCCUUCGUCUAAUCACUCCACGGCCCUGGUUCUUAGACCUCGCGACGACCUCCCUGGAGAUCACAACGGGUGUUCUGUGUUAUGACCACCGGAAUGUUGUGGAUUACUCCUCAGAGGGGUUCAAUGUUAGCGCGCAUACAUAAAAACAGACUGCUUCCUAUCAUUCUGUCAUCUCGUGCAACCAUUUCCUCUGUCUCCUCCUCGUCUUCUUCACUAUCAUUUUCCGUUGCAGGUACUCGCCCCAAUAGUAGUGUGACUCAGCUUGCCCCAAUGGCUCGUCUCCCUUCACAGCAAGGCCGUCAGGUCCAUGCGACCUCGACGUCGUAUGUGAAUCAUGCCGCUCCAGUAGAGGCCAACUAUGAUACUGCGAACCCUCCUUACAUCCGCAAGUACCUCCGUACGUACGGUCUGACUCCCCCGCGCGCAGAAUCCUACGAGGUUCAGAAGACAAGAUGUCUGGCACAAUUGGCCUUGAAGCAAACCCCCAUUGACAAGUUUCUCUACCUGAGCACUCUUCGCAAGAACAAUGUGCAUCUGUUCUACCGUCUGGUGACGGAUCAUCUGAGGGAACUUACCCCUCUGAUCUAUACCCCGGUCGUCGGUGAAGCUUGCCAGAGAUGGUCCGAGAUCUACCAGCAACCGGAAGGUAUGUACCUAAGCUGGGAAGAUCGCGGCAAUCUUGCUGCAGUCAUUGCCAAUUGGCCCCAACCCCAUGUGGAGAUCACAUGCAUCACCGAUGGCUCCCGAAUUCUCGGCCUCGGCGACCUUGGCAUCAAUGGAAUGGGUAUUCCCAUUGGCAAGUUGGCGCUCUACACUGCAUGUGCAGGUAUUCGCCCCGAGGCCACCCUUCCUUUGACUUUGGAUCUGGGAACAAGCAACAAGACUCUCCGGGAAGACCCGUUGUACAUGGGUAGCCGCCGUGACAAGAUUACCCCGGAAGAGGAGCGGGAGUUUAUGGAUGAGUUGAUGGCUGCUCUUACGGAGCGUUGGCCUGGCAUUGUCAUUCAGUUCGAAGACUUCAAGAACCCCUUCCCUGCCCUGGAGCGCUACCGCGAUAUUUACACGUGCUUCAACGAUGAUAUCCAGGGCACGGGUGCCGUCAUCCUGGGUGGAGUCAUCAACGCCGUGAAGCGCUCGGGUCUUCCUUGCAAGGAUCACCGUGCUGUCUUCUUCGGUGCGGGAAGUGCCGGUGUCGGCGUUGCUAAACAGAUUGUUGCUUUCUUUAUGCGUGAGGGCAUGACUGAGGAUGAGGCUCGGUCCUGCUUCUACCUGGUCGACACCAAGGGUCUCGUCACCUCUGACCGUGGUGACAAGCUCGCCGACCACAAGGUCUACUUCGCCCGGGAGGACAAUGGCGGCCAACAGUACAAGACCCUGGAGGAGGUUGUCGACCAUGUGAAGCCAACCAUUCUCAUGGGUUUGUCAACCAUUGGUGGCGUCUUCACUCCAGAGAUCCUGCGCAAGAUGGCUGACUGGAACACCGCUCCUAUCAUUUUCCCUCUCUCCAACCCCUCCUCCAAGUCCGAGUGUGACUUCGAGACCGCUAUCACUCACACUGAUGGUCGGGCUCUCUUUGCCUCUGGCUCCCCCUUCCAGCCCGUCUCAUUCACCAACUCUGCUGGAGAGACUCGCACCUACUAUCCCGGCCAAGGCAACAACAUGUAUGUCUUCCCUGGUAUCGGCCUGGGUACUAUCCUCUCCAAGGCGGUCAAGAUCACCGACAGCAUGAUCUAUGCCUCUGGUGCGGCCCUCUCGCAGGCCCUGACUGCGGAGGAGAUCGAGCGCGGUCUCCUCUAUCCCGACCUGACCCGGAUCCGCCAGGUCAGUGUUGUGGUGACGCGCAAGGUCAUGCGUGCCGCACAGGAAGACAAGGUUGAUCGUGAGACUGCCUUGCGCUCCAUGAACGAUGACGCGCUUGAUGCCUGGAUCAAGGCCCGCAUGUAUGACGCUCACAGCGAAGUCCUGGCCUUGGAGAGGGAAGUUGGUGCCCUCCUGCACAACCUGAACCCAUCCUCGGUCUUGAACGGGCUGUCGAGUGAUGAGAAUGCCAAGCUGUAAACGCUCGCAUUCUGUUUGUUCUUCCUUCCCUCAUAUCCUUUCCCCCCCCUUUUCUCCAUGCUCGACUCCGUAGCAUUCCCACUUCGAGCAAUCUUUCUUCACUAAAAUCCUGGGA